AUGAAAAUAUUUUCUCCUCAUACUAUGAGGAUGCUUAUUCCUCGAUUUAGUCGUACAUUCUUGCAGAAAGAGAUUAUCCAAGAUCCAUUAGCUGCUUCUUCUAAAUCUAGUAAUACACCAAAGAUUUACAGAACAAAGACUGGGUAAAUAUCUAUGGGAUUGUAUGAAAAAAUGCUGUAAGAAGCAAAGGAAAAAUCUUUAGCUAUUCCUUCUCCAGAUGCAGAUAUUCCUUACAAUUUUGAAGGGAUAGACUAAAUUCCAGAAACUAAGGAUUCUUUUCUUUUUUAACAAAUUCUAAAUGAGAAUGAAAUCAGGGAGAAAACCCUUCAAACCCAUUUAAUUAAGAUGUAUUAAGGAUUUUUGAUGUCUAUGGAAGUGGCUGAUGAAACAUAUUUAAAUGAAUAUUGUGAAAAAGGAUUUGCUGAAAAGACUUUAGAAGCUUUGGAAAAAUUAAAAAUGAGAGGAGAAAGAGUUGUAGCUUUUGAAGAUUUUUCAGUGACAUCAGGACAACCAUUUCCUUAUCAGGGGUUUUUCGUUGAUCAAGUGAUGGUUAGAGGUUUAUCGACAAUCAGGUCUGAAAAUCUCCCUAAAUCUUAAUAUCAUUAUUAUAAUGAUUUAGAUAAAUUAGGUUGUGUUGUAUUUACACCAUUGAGUUUACAAGAUCCCAGCAAUUUUAAGACAAAAGAGUAAGGAGAUAAAUUAUAUGAUGACUAUAAAAAGGUGUUAGUUCGAUGUUUACUAAGAAUAUAAUCUCCAAUGAGAUUAAAACUUAUCAAGCAAAAUGGAUAAGAGCUAAUGGAAACAAAUGACAAUUACUCAUAUAAUCAUCUUGUUUUAUUUGAGUCAGAAUGUGAAAUGCCUCCAAAAAAGAAGCAAAGACGGGAUUCAUAUAGAAAGGUUUCUAAAUUUUAAUUAGAAACAUAUAUGGAAUGGAUGAGAAAUUGUGUUCCUUAAGUUUGGAAAAUUGCUGAUGUAGAUAACUGGAUGAGGUGCAAUCCUUUGAUAAUAGAAUCUCAUAAAGACUUUUAAGAUGAAGUUUUCUAAGGGUCAAAAUAUGAUGAAAAUGUAAUUGACAUAAGAAGAAUUUGA